GUGUUCAGCAAAGGUCUCCCAGUCUGCGUCGGGUCUCGCCAAUAUAUAGAAGGCCGCAUUGGGAGCACUGGACGCAGUAUAUUACCCCAGCCGACUCACAAGGGAAGUGUCGCCUCACCUGGAAGGACUGUCUGGGGCCCUGAAUGGUGGGCUCUGAAAAGGGGCGUGGCGAUGACGUGACCGUGUAGGCCCGAUCGAUCGAACGGGUGGCGGCGGAGUCGGCCCCGGACCCACGGCCUUGUUUACAGUCAGGCUGUCGCACCAAGGCCGAUCGCGAGUUCGUCCGAGCCGCCGCCACGUCAUGGCGAUGUAUGGCGGGUCGAGGCCGAGACCCAGAUACCGCGGUGGUUGUGGCGGCGGCGGUGGCGGAGCGGCGCGCGGUUGGUACUCAGAGCCGGAGCGGGGCUGCAAUGUUCUUCCGCCGUCGGGAGUCUUCCAGGCCAAUGGGCGCCUGUGGCGGGCGCAGCGAUGCCUCGGCAAAGGCUCCUCGGCCGCUGUCUAUGGUGUGACGUCGGGGACGGCGCGGGCCGCCGUCAAACAAUUCGUUCAUGACACCAAGUCAGACUACGGCUUCCUGACGGAGAGCGGGGUCCUGGAGGACUUGCAGGGCCACAGGAACAUCGUAACUCUAUAUGGGAGAUUUUCUAACUUAUCCUACCCAAACCAACGUUGCAACUGCAUUUUGCUUGAACUGUUGGAUGUCAGUGUCUCUGAGUUGCUGCUACACUCCAUUAAUCGAGGGCAUUCGAUGUGGAUGAUCCAGCAUUGUGCACGGGAUGUUCUGAAUGCACUGGCUUUUAUUCACCAUGAGGGUUAUGUGCAUGCAGACCUCAAACCUUGUAACAUCCUCUGGAGUGCAGAGGAUGAAUGUUUUAAACUCAUAGACUUUGGGCUUAGUUUCCAGGAGGGAAAUCAGGAUGUAAAAUACAUCCAAACGGAUGGUUACAGAGCUCCUGAAGCGGAGUUGCAUAAUAUUCUUGCACAGAUGGGAUUGGAAAGUAAUACAGAAUGCACAACAGCAGUUGAUAUUUGGAGUCUGGGAAUAAUUUUGCUGGAAAUGUUCUCAGGAAUUAAACUGAAAGAGACAAUCAAAUCUCUGCAAUGGAAGGCCAACAGUUCUGCUAUCAUAGAUUCCAUUUUUGCAAGUAAAGAUAUGGUAUAUUCAGCUAUCCCAGUUUAUCACCUCAGAGAUGUUAUUAAAAGUAUGCUUCAUGAUGACCCAGCACAAAGAGUAACAGCAGAAAGUGCUCUAUACAACCCGUUCUUCAGUAUUCCCUUUGCCCCCCAUAUUGAAGAUUUGGUUAUGCUUCCAACCCCGGUGUUGAGACUGCUAAAUGUUAUUGAUGACAACCACCUUCAAAGUGAAGAAGAAUAUGAAGAUGUCGUAGAAGAUGUGAGGGAAGAAUGUCAGAAGUUUGGACCAGUUAUGAGUCUGCUUGUCCCAAAGGAGAACCCUGGUAAAGGCCAGGUUUUUGUUGAAUUCAGAAGCGCUGGUGACUGCAAAAUAGCUCAGCAGAUGCUGACUGGAAGAAUGUUCGAUGGCAAGUUUGUUGUGGCUACGUUCUACCCUCUGUGUGCCUAUAAGAGGGGAUAUCUGUAUCAUACAGUAGUUACUGAUACUUAAGUUUCAACUGGGCAUGCAACCUUUUACAAUCACCCAGGUCCCUUUUGAAAAAUUCCUCAGUACAACAGUAUAAAGGUUAAAUGUUUUGCUCUGAUUCAUUUUAUGUGUAAGAUAGCAUUGAUUUAAGCAGCUGGUUUAGAAAAAGGUUUACAAACUUAGGUAUUAAUGCACUUAAAACUGCCAGCAAGUUAUUAACAAAAUCUAUUUUAUUACUAGAAAUUAUAGCCACUGCAUUUGGUUUAUAAAAUGCUAAUUUAACAGUUUUGCUGGCAGAGGUAACAAGAAUGCAUUUGAUAAUGGGGAGCAUGCUGAUGAAGCCUAUUAUAGAUUACUAUAUCUUAAUCUGAAUAAAUCAAAGAACACUUUUUUGUAAAUGAUGGAAUAAAAAGUAAAAUAGAUUGAAUCUAUGUUAGUGAUGCCAUAAGGAUCCUGUUGCAAGCAUUUAACUAUAGCUACUAUGGGUACAUCAGAUGGAGAAUAUUUGUGAUAUCUUGAAGGAUUUUAGUGAGUGUAUUUGCAUAAAUAGACAUACAUUAAACAAUGGAUUUUUAUUGUGGGCAAGUGGUACACAUAUUUGAGCACAACUCCUAGAAUUCCUUAAUAGUGCUUUUUUUGGCCUUAGUAUACAGCUGCUUGAAUGGUGUGUAUACAUGUGUGGUGUGUUGCAGAUUUAUUUAUAUUAGGGGAGAAACACAAGAAAGCUCCUUGUAUCCUUUCUCAGCUUUAGAGAUUGCAUUAAGGUUAUUUUUUUAUAUUGUUUUCCUUGCAUGGGGGUGGCUUGGCUAUUGUGUAGCCUGGAUUUGAACUUUUUGACCACAGUGGCACACAAAGACAUAAUGAAUGACAAGUGUUCUAAUACUUGAGCAAAUCUGAUCAGAAAUAAUAAGCAUGCAGAUAAUUAAUUCCAUGUAAUUUGGUAUAAAGGCUGAGGAAAAUAUCAGACUGCUGGCUACACUUAGUUUUUCAGCAAAUUGACAACCCACACAAUAAAAUAGUAAUUCUAAAAUAGUGAAACUGUGCAAUCAUUGUUAGACUAAAUGACUAAGUAGACUGGCAGUAAUUGUUCAAAUCACUUUGGGAGUCUAAACAUUUUAAAAGAUACUGCUAAAAUUAAAUGAUUUUAAUAAGUACUUUUAGAUGAAUUUCAUAACAGUGGUUCAAGUGAGUUUGCACAUAUGUUAUAAUCCGGUGAGUGCAAUUUAAAUGUUGACUUUCCAGUAAAAUUUAAUAUAUACUCCAAACAAAAACCAAAAGUAAUCUUACCCUAACCAAAAGAUUCAAUUAAUCUGGAUUGCAUCACUGUUGCGUAGUUUUCCAUGUACCUAGCAUUUUACUGUGGCAAUAUUAAAUACAUAUUUUAGGAAAAAUAUUUCCAUGUAGUCCUUUACAGGGACCCCCAUCAGUUGAUUUGGAAAACAUCUCACCUAAAUGUAGAUUACAUUUGGAAUUGACAGUAUUCACAGCGCUAGUAUCAGGUCCUUAGCAGUUAAAAUAUUAUUGUGGUUAUGUGUUCUAGUUCAUUGCACUUAUUCCUACAAUAUUAGAAUUGUAAAGGUGCAGGAUAUUUCAUGAAGUUGAUCAAUUCUAGCUAAUAACCAAAGACAGCUUGCUGAAAUGGAGAAAAUGCAGAACAAGAAUAUUGAACCAGUUUAUGAAGACACAUGAACUAUUCAGUCUCAAAAAGAACUCUGUUGGAUUGUUGCAGUAUGGUUAUGCACGGUUGAGGUUGUUUCUUUCAGGCAUUUGCUCAGGUGCGUUUAAGGCUGAGGUUCCCAACCGUUUUUAUUCCAUGGACCAAUCCUAUUAAGCAGGGGCUCCGUGGACCUCAGGUUGGGAACCUAUAAUAUAAGGCAAUUAUAAAAGUGUUUUAAAAAUUGAUAUGUCUUUCUGUCACUUAGCUGUACUCUGCAAUCUUAAGCCACAAAACAAAUGAACUCUAGCAAUUUAUCUGUGGACUUAAACUCAAGAAAUUUAGAAUCAAAACAGUGAACUUAAAUUUAGCAAUUUGUGAAAAGGUAUUUCUAACAUUUAGUUCAGAUGUUUUAUAGCAAAGUAAACCAUUUUAAAAUGUUUACUUAUCAAAUUAUGCCAAAGUAAAAAAAAACAACACAAAUACUCCCAACAAUUAGGAAUGCCUCACAACUGCAUCCUUCUGCUAUCAGAUUCCUAUGUGGCUGCAAAUUCUGUCCCUACGUAUCACACUUACCCAUAAUUUUCUAUACACAAGAAUACGCUAAACCAUUACUCAGCUCUUGUGUUUAUUCACAAAAGUGAGCUUGUGUCUUCCAACUCAUUUUAAUUAAAUAAUGCACUUCAAGACUAUUUCUUGCUUUACUGUUACUGAUAUUUAUUUAGAACAUUUAUUAUCUACACUCAGAAACCAGCCAUUGGUAUAGACAAAGUGCAUAUCUCCUAAGUUAGUGUUUUAUUUGAUUAGUAUUAAUAGAUUUCUGAUUUAAAUAUUCUGUGAUUAUCAAAGUAUUAAAAUAUUUGUAGGGAAAUGAGAAUUCAUCUAGGGAUAUUUGUAUCCUCAUGGAUUGUGUUAUACAGUACAUUUUGAUCUUGUUAUUUGCUUAUGUUAAUAUUAUAUUACCAGUGGCUGAGACAGUUCCAAUUUAAAACAAGUGAAUCUGAAUAAUUCUGUUGAACUAGAUAUUAACAUUCCAAUUCAAUUCCGAUGCAGUGCUGGUUCUUGGAUUACAUUUUUCUUAAGGUGGUUUCCUAAAUUUUGGAUGUAUAUUUUGCGGAUUUGGUCAAGUAAAUGCAUAGGUACUUGAAAUCGGUUCUCACACACAGAUGAGUAAAACAGUUCAGCAGUUGAAUAUGAAAUGUACUUACCAGGUGCACGCUUAAGUUUCAAUGUACCUGGACUCUCCCUGGCUUAUGAUAUUAGUUCAUACUCUCUGAUUUGGUCAUUUGUGCUAGUUCAAAUCUUGAUAUGAUUUCUGCCAUAAGAUUUUUUGAAGCCAUUAAAUCUAGCUACACACUGCCGAAAAAGAACAGAUUUUCAGUAUGUUUGGAAGCAAUUAAUCAAAUUAGUAAGUACUAAUAUUUAAACAUGUAAUUCUACAGUUCUCAUUAGCACAAUGCUGAAGUUAGAAACAAUGAAACCGCAAUGGCAUGUUUCAGUGUGCUCCAAUCUAUUCUAAACAAUUGUAAAGUUUUAGACUAUACAUAGAAGAUUUUUUCAUAGAAAAUCCAAGGGGUUAUGAGAUUUCAAAAACAUACAUCUUUGCAAUGUGAAAAACUUGUUUUGAAAUUUGAAAAAAAUCACAACUCCUUUUGAAGGGCCUUGUAAGUCCUGAAGUAAGUUCUCCAGGACACAAGAACUUUAACAGAGUAGGUUUAAUUUGUUGCUGAAUAAGGCUGAAAGAGCUGCAGUAGAUAUAAUUAACUGGAUUUAGCACUGCUCGUUUUGGAGCUCUGGCCAUAUUAAUUUGUCUUAUAAAUUUCUGUCCAGAUGGAGCAAAAUAAUACAUAUUUUUAAAUGGCCAAAGAUUUUUUCAGUGUGUUUAUGCAAACCUAUGAUGUUGAUUCAUGGGAUUUAAAUGAUAACACAAGAAACCUGCUGGUUUUUUUCACUACUGGAUGCUUUAAGAGUUCAGUUAAUUCUGGUUACAUUCUUGGAUCAGUCCUGAGUCAUGUUUGCAAAUUAAAAACCAUACAUAGCAUGGGCUUGAAUGCAAUGUGACUUACCAUUUACUGAAUUGUGAGUCAGGGUUCUUUAUCUGGCAACUCACCCACAAGACAGUAAAAUAUUCCAUUUAAGUAUGCAACAAUCCCAGUUACUUUUGCACCAAAAUCUUGGGAGGUAAACAUGGUGUAUUCUGGAUUCUGUUUUUAGGAACUGCAGCAUCUAAGUGAGAUUAAACGAGAGAUAGAAAGGCAAAGCUUCUCUUCAUUAUCGGCAUACUAAUGUUACAUCACAAUUUGUUUCACGAAAUAAUAUACAGCCAGAUUUGUAUAUGAAAUUCUCAAGUAAGGUAACUUGUUGAAAGUUAACAUUGUUCGGAUUAAUUUUUAAGAAUGCAUGUAUUAGACCUGUAUGAUUUGUCUAGCAGCAGUUUGUUUAUUUACUGAAAGUAGUGAAUAAUCUGACACUGCACAGAUCAUACACACUUUUCCCUUGAUCUCUGUGUCCCCCGUGCUAAAGAUUUGAAUCAAAAGAAAUAAACAUGCCACCUUAUAGCAGUUGUUUGGGGUGGGUUGAAUAUUUGUGUUUCCCUAGAUGCCUUGUAGCAGUGCACCCAGUUUUUUUUACUGAAAUAGAAGAGAAAAUGGGAAGGGAAGAGAUAAAACUUUCCACUUUUGAACAGUGUGCAUAGGGCCACUUCAAAAAGCAUAAGCCUUUAUAAAAAUUUUAUUUAUAUACCCUUUCUUUUACAUACCUGAAGACUGAUGUGAUUACCAGAACAUUGUGCAGUUGAUUUUGGAUAUGUUUUAUCUCUUUGAGUUUGUUGCCAUCUUCAAUAAAUUUUAUGGUUUUGAUGAUUAAACGUAGCCAUGCAUUGAGAUUCUAUAGUUGAUAAUUGCUCAACUGGAAUGAUUCCAGUAGUUAUUUUUAAAAUAUAUUACAGAAUCAUCCCCAAAGCAUUUCUCAGGGUCAGUCAUCUGCAACAUAUCCACUCCUAAGAGGAGUACAAUCAUGCUCAAAAAUCUUGUGAUUAAAUGAAGGCUAUUCCAAAAGAGUGCUUCAGAUCAUUCACCUCAAUCUGACAUGCUGUUCCUCCAGUUAUAGAUAACAUUUUAAUUUAGAUUUUUAACAAAACUUACAAAAAUACAAUAGGUUCACAGUUUACAUUUCAGAUCACAAUAUUCAGAAUGCAGUCUGAAUGGCUUAUGCAAGUUGUAACCUCUUGCAUUUUUAUUGCGUUUUUUGUGUGCCAUUUCUAAUUUUCCAUGGGUUCUCCUUUGCAUUUGUUUGAUUCUUGCUAUGACAAGGGUGAUAUAAGUUUCAUUUGUAAAACAGGAAAAUUUGGAUUUUUGCAAGGAAUUACUAAGUUUUAUAUGCUGGUAAAUGUUAAUUCUGGGUGUAGCUGCUUUUAACUGAGAGAUUGUUUAUCAUUUGAAAUUUAUUUCUGUAAAAUUAAUGUGCUGCCACGAAGAAGUAUGAUAUACAAUGUUGUUAUAUUUCUGAAUUAUUAUCCUCUAAAUCCCCAAAAAUGUUAAAGUGAAAAUUAACUGUCCUUAAAAGUUGUACAAUCAAUCGUAAUCCUUGGCAGUUUCUGUAGAAGCCGCAACAUUAUAUGAAGGCUGAUUGCAUCUCAGAUUCCAGACAGUUUGCUGUUUGGAUAACUCAUUAGUCUUCAAAAACAUAACACCCCAGGCAGUUUUAAGACAUAAUGUACCAGCCAUAAUGUGGCCCUGUACUUGGGCAUUUGGAUGUCUUUCAAUGCACUUCUGAUUUGAGAUCACUCCAUCACCCAUUAUUUCUCUGCUGCUGUGUUAGGUUUUUAAAGAUGAACAAAAUUCUUAGUGCAUAGAUAAGCCAGUUUUUUUUCUGGCAAACUUUUAAUGAGCAAAUAUAAUUUUUCCCUAAUCCAGGUUGCUAUAUUGGAUGUCUAAUAUUAAACACUGAAACUUUAUAAACACAAAUGAUUGAAUACAGUGCUUUUAAAAAAUGAGUCAGGUAUCUAUAUUGUCAGUUUGUAUCUGUUGUGAAAAACACUGAAGCACUGUGUGUUCAACUGCAAUUGAAAAUCCAUUCAUUACCGCCAGAUGUUCAAGAAAUUGAUCUUUCUCAAUAUUUAAUAUAUCUUGGCUAUGUACUAUUACAAGAAUUGUAUGUGCUUUGUUUUUUUUAAAGUGGGCCUAUAAAUGUAAUUAUGCACUGAAGCAUCAUCUAACUGAAUUAAUGUAAGUGGAGGUGCAUUAGUUUGUUUUCAUUAUAAAAUACUGCUGUUCGUGAUACUUCUUUUGCUAAUAUAUUGAUAUGCUACUGUGAACAUGCAUAAAAUGCAUAAACCAACUGUGUAUAAUAAUAUUGUGAUUGAGCUGCAGUUUGUAUACAUUAAUUGCUGCAACAUUGAAAUGUAUUUUUCAGCUUUCAUUUUAUGCAUUUCAUAAUGAUUGAUAAUUAAAAAUGUCUGCACUAAAAUGCUAAGUACCAUAUAGAUGCCUAUUUCUAACACUUGUGCCAAGCAAUGAAACCGAAACCUAUUGCAGUUAUUUCUUUGGAGGGAGAGAGAGAGGAUUAAAGACAGAGAGCAGAAAAACACACUAGUAAAUGAAGAAGUCAUGUAAAAGACAAUGCACAGGAAUUGCAAAUCAAAACAAUUGGAAAGAUUAAUUUCCCAAGCAGUUUGAAUGAAUGUUCAUUGGGUGUGCUGGUUGUGCAAGUUUAUUCUGCAGAUAAUCGUCUUUCAUAGACAACAUUUUUUUUUCAAAGAAAAUGUCAACUCUGUUUUAAGCUAAUUUCUGCCUUAGCAAAAAGGCCAAUGUUUGAGUUAAUUCUGUGUUUCCAGGACUGAAGUCAUUUGACACAAAUGGAUCAGUGUUGAUUUAUCAUUUUUCACAUUUGGAGGCAGUUUUUUUAUAUACAGUAUAUUGCAAUAUUGGGAUUGUUCUUCCACUUGCAAAUUUUUGGCUUGUGUUGUAUUCAUGGUUAUAUUGUCAAAUUUUAUUCCACUGAAUAUUUUAAAACACUGAAACUGCACUUAAUAGUACAUGAACUCUUUUGGAGCAGGCUAAUAAUCUGGGUGCAACUCCAGUUUAGUACCAACUGAAGUUUAUUAAGCAAGGGAGAAUUCAGGCCAGCCUGAUAGAUUAAGAGCUGUUGUAUACUUACAUAUAUUUGCAGAGUACUAUUGGUCAUGGGAAAAAUGAAAUAACUAUUGAUAUUGUAGCUACAAAAUUUUAGAAGAUGGAAAAAAAUGAGUGAUUAUAAUUCUGAUUUAUCUUCAGACCAUUAAUUCUAAACAAUGGGUUGUUU